CUGGCAUCAUACCGUGCGUGCCCCGGGUCACACCAAGCCAGAUCCGCGUUGCUUCUUCCACCACGACGGCUUUUCCUCCCCUUUUGCUACCCGAAGCUGCGGGCUGCCUCUCCGAAUCUCGCCCAUGUUCAGCCCUGGCAAUUAGACGUUGAUCUGCCUCACAUUUCUUGUCCCAACGAACCCACCACCAGGCCAAUCCGUCUCGGCGCCCGUCAGGACGUGUCGGUAACCCACCCCCGCCAUCAUGGUGCGCCUUCGCGAAGUGCCCCGAACGGCCACCUUUGCCUGGUCGCCGGGCGCAGGCAAACCUCUACUGGUCACGGGCACGCGUGCCGGUGCUGUAGAUGCCGAUUUCUCUGACGAGAGCAAGCUCGAGCUCUGGGACCUGUCCCUGGACGACCAGGGCCAAGGCCUGGAGCUUCAGCCAGUGGCGAGCAUCACCACUGACGCCAAGUUCUACGACAUUGCCUGGGGACCUGCCGACUCCGACCACCCCAAGGGCAUCAUUGCCGGCGCGCUCGAGAAUGGUUCCCUUGACCUCUGGGAUGCCGCGAAGCUGGAAGCUGGAGCCUCCGACGCCCUGAUUUCCCAGACAUCCAAGCACACGGGGCCAAUCAAGGCACUGCAGUUCAACCCUCUGAAGCCACAAAUUCUUGCCACCGCGGGUGCCAAAGGCGAGCUGUUCAUCUACGAUGUGAACGACAUUUCGAACCCGUUCCGUCUCGGCAACCCAGCAGCUCGCGCAGACGAUAUCGAAUGCCUGGCUUGGAACCGAAAAGUCUCCCACAUUCUGGCAACUGGAGGACAAAGCGGCUUUGUGACUGUGUGGGAUUUGAAGACGAAGAAGGCAUCCCUCACGCUCAACAACAGUCGGAGACCUGUGAGCGCCAUUGCUUGGGACCCGAACAACUCCACUAAGCUUUUGACGGCAACCCCUGACGACACCACCCCGGUCAUCUUGCUGUGGGAUUUGCGCAACUCCAAUGCGCCGGAGAAGACCCUUCAGGGGCACGAGCAGGGAGUCCUCUCGCUGUCUUGGUGCUCCCAGGAUAGUGACAUCCUGCUCUCGUCCGGCAAGGACAACCGCACACUUGUCUGGAAUCCGCAAACGGGGGAACGUCUCGGGGAGCUCCCUGAAAUGACCAACUGGAUCUUCCAAGCUCAGUUUAAUCCGCACAACCCCAACCUGUCCGCCUCUGCCAGCUUUGAUGGCAAAAUCACCAUCCAGACGCUGCAAAACACCAACCCAGACACCGCCAAGACCCAGGCGGAUAAAAGCUUGGACGGAGAGGACUUCUUUAGAGCAGCGCAGACUCAGCCCCAAGGCGCGUCUUUCACUUUGAACAAGGCACCGAAAUGGCUUGAGCGACCAAUCGGCGCCUCCUUUGGCUUUGGUGGUAAGGUUGUCAUCUUCAAGGCCCUGCCUUCGCAACCAGGGCAGAAGCGCAGCUCCAAGGUCACAAUCUCGCAGUUUUCUAUCGACUCUGCGGUGUCAGCUGCCACUGAGAAGUUCCAAGAGGCUCUUGCAACUGGCGACCUGACGGCAAUCUGCGAGGAUCGGUUGCAAGAAGCUAAGACGGAAGAAGAGAAGGCAGACUGGAAGGUCAUGGAGACGCUUGUUGGUGACAACCCUCGCGGCAAGAUCAUCGAGUACCUUGGCUUUAAGGAGGAUGAGCUUGCCACCAACGGCACAACCAAGGAGGCGCCUGCGAAUGGCGAGAAUGAGGCUGAGGCUAAAUCUGUGGAAGCCCCCGUGAAGGAAAAAUCUGACUUCUGGGCCGGUGAUGAUGGCGAUGGCGAUGGCGAUGACUUCCUCUCCGGGGUGGCCGCGACGAAGGGAGCCAAGACCGACAAUCCGUUCCACCUUUUCAGCGACAGCGAUACCUCUGUCGAGAAGUCCAUUACCAGGGCCCUGAUGCUGGGCAACUUCGCCAAGGCCAGCGACAUUUGCCUUGCCGAGGAGCGUAUCGCCGACGCCUUCUUGAUCGCCAACUGCGGCGGCCAGGAACUGGUGGACAAGGUUCAGGCUGCGUACCUCGCCAAGAAGAGCGGCAUGCCCAGCUACAUGCGUCUCCUUGGCUCUGUCAUCGGCAAGAACCUCUGGGACAUCGUGUACAACGCGAACCUGGAGAACUGGAAGGAGACCAUGGCGAUUCUUUGCACCUUUUCUGACCCACAAGAGUUCCCAGACCUUUGCGAAGCUCUCGGCGACCGCAUCGGCGAGGCCGGCCAGAGGAAGGAUGCCUCAUUCUGCUACCUUGUCGGGUCCAAGUUGGAGAAGGUCGUCGACAUCUGGGUGACUGAACUGGAGGAAGAGGAGCAAGCUGGUAUGAAGCAGACCUCAGACGACUCUACUUUCUCCGUGCACGCCAGAUCGCUCCAGAACUUUAUCGAGAAGGUCACCGUCUUCCGGCAGGUGACGAAGUUCCAAGACACUGAGCAGAGCAAGGACUCCGACUGGAAGCUGGCGACACUGUAUGACAAGUAUACAGAGUACGCCGAUAUCCUUGCCGGACACGGUCAGCUGGAAGUCGCUCAGAAAUACCUGGACCUGCUUCCCACCAAGUACGCCGCGGCCGAGAUUGCCAGGAGCCGGGUACAGAUGGCAACAAAGAAGCCUGCUGCCCAGCCCGCCAUUGGACGACAGUCAGCGACGUCCAACGUCGCAACGUCGAGAAUGCAGCCGACCUAUGGCUACCAGGCGCCGCAGGCUGGUCUUGGACCUAGCAUUCCCCAGCCGAGCCCCUUUGUCGGCCUGAGCCAAACCCACAGCCCGGCGCCGCAACCGCAGCAGCAACAGUACAUGGCACCUCAGAAUCCGUAUCAACCCCAGGGUGGCUACCAGCCUCAAUAUCAGACCGGAUAUCCCAACAUGGGCCAUCAGCCUCCCCCGAUGGGCGGGCCUCCUCCGAGAAACUCCACGCCGUCCCAGCCCCCUCCUUCUCAAUCCAAGAAGAUGGAUGUCUGGAACGACGUCCCUGUGGUGACAAAGGCCGUUCCGCGCAGGCCGACGCCCAGCUCGGCUCCCAUCACUUCGCCAUUCCCCGGGCAGCAAAGCCCAUCGGGCCCCCCAUCAGCUCCCCCAUCAUCCACUCCCUAUGGACAACGACCAAGCCCGCCGCCGCCACCCCCUAAGGGUCCGGCGCCGCCCCGGGUGCAGUCUCCAUUGGCCGGUCCUCCCCAGUCUUUCCAGGCCCCGCCGCCGCGGCCGUCCUCCAGCGCGGCCAACCAGUACGCGCCGCCUCCGCCAGCGGCAGGCGCUCCGACGCCGCAUAUGCCGCAGACGGUGCCUCGAACGGCCUCGCCGUACAAUGCCCCUCCGUCGGGUGCACCGCCCUCCAACAGAUACGCACCAGCCCCAUCGAUGCAACCGCAACAACCUAGUCAACCCCCGAUGGGAACGAUGCCACCGCCUCCAGGUCCCGCCAGCCGCCCGCCCCCCGCGAACCCGUAUGGACCUCCGCCAACGCAGGCCACCCCCCAGGGACAGUAUGCGCCAUCCCCGUACGCGGCGCCCCAAAGCCAGCCCUCGGCGCCUCCCCAAGGACCGCCACCGACCGGGCCACCACCAAUGGGCAGCGGGGCAACCCCUACUCCGCCGCCGCCCAAGGCUGCCGCACCGCCUACAAAGGCUAAGCACCCGCCCGGUGAUCGCUCGCACAUCCCUGCGAACGCUCAGGGGCUUGUCGAUAUACUUAGCCAGGACAUGCAGCGGGUUGCAUCCAAGGCUCCCGCCACAUUUGCACCGCAAGUGAAGGACACGCAGAAGCGGCUGAAUCUGCUGUUCGAUCACUUGAACAACGAGGAGCUUGUCCAAGCGGCGACCAUUGAUCAACUUUCUCAGCUUGCGCAGGCUAUCCAGUCAAAGGACUACGCGACGGCUCAGAAGAUCCAGCUGGACAUUCAGCGCGACAAGACGGAGGAGUGCGGAAACUGGAUGGUGGGCGUGAAGCGACUGAUCAGCAUGAGCAAGGCAACGCCUUGAUUUGUUACUUGAUGCAAGCAGUUAAAUACUGGAGGAGGCAAAAGACGAUCUGACGAAUGAUGUACAGGUGAAGGGGGCCUUGGGGGAUAGAAGCAUGGUCAAGGUAGUUGAAGCAGAAAAGCCAUGAAUGAAAGAGCAAGGGAUGUUUAAACUGAUUCCUGCGGUGGAUCCAACAUCAAGCACUGAAGGGACGCCGAAAUAGGCUGCUCCAUUGGCCGUGCCAGAUCAGGCGAGCAUGCCCAUUGCGGCCCUCUCUUCCAAGAGGCCAGGUUGGACUUGGUGCCUAUAAGGACGCAUCGGACUGAGGCAGGCGGCAUAUUUCGCACCGCUGGGUUGAGUCACAGUGGUCUGGCCUCGGAUUGAUAUUGUAGUUGCGCGAAGAUAGGCACAAUUCGCAGUUGGUCGAUGUGAG